GAGAGUUACAACUUCGGUCCUUAAACUCACAGGCUUAUGCCAAGCUGAAUAAGUCGCAAGGGCGAAAUGCACCAUCCCUUUUCUCCCCAGGCCAUGUCCUCCUAUUCCACCCACCAGCCUCCCACCAUCCCAGGCCGCCUCCGUCUUCCCGUCACGUCAUCUCUCCCGAACUUGCGUAGAGAACACAAACCGGACUCAGACGGUCGUGCCAUGGGUAGUCAGCCUGGUAGUCCUAGUCUCGCCAAUGCGCCAUCACCAGCUUCACUGCAGAACCACAUCUAUACUGCCUUCCUCGAGAGGCGUACCGCAGAUGUCGCGCUUCACAUUCGUGGGUCCUGGCACGCGAUCUACAAACUCCAUAGAGUAGUUCUGAUUCAAGCUGGCUUCUUUCGGUCUCUCUUCACGUCAGGCUUCGCGGAAUCUAAAAUUAAGCUGACUUCUCACCGCUUGGGACCGGACAUAGUGGACGUCGUACUAGAGGACUCGAAUAUCACACGAGCAGCCUUCGAAGUCUGCAUCGCGCACCUCUAUGGCGGCGGGCCCGAGCUAUUCGUCUCACCAUCCCUCAUCCCUACGACCAAGCAGCCUCUCACAUCUGUCUUCCCAUUGGAAGUAGGCUCCGAGUGUUCACCUGUCUCGGACUGCCCUCCUGGCAAACAUCCCGCGUCUCCACGUUUUCUGCUGUCACUCCUCGCCACAGCCGUGUUCCUUUCGAUAACACCAAUCGCAACUCAAGCGAUGUCUUCAGUCUUGAACACCAUCGGCCCGUACACCGUCGUUCGAUAUCUCAACUUCGCUCUCGGACGGGGCAUUGGCGAGCCUGAUCUAGGAGAGCCUGAAGGUGCUGUAGGUCUGGAGAGCGUGGCGGAGAUGUUGGAGGAUGAAAGAGAUUCAAUCUUGGAAGUCGACGAGUCUACCACGCAGACACCCCGAGCUUUGAACGUCACAAACCCUCUAGAGAAGCUCAAAGACUCAACUCUAGAAGCAGGGUCGAGCCAGUUGUCUAUCGAGAAAGAAGACCCCUCAGAGGGAGACUCGAGUCAAUUUUCAUCGCGCUCGAUCUCGCAGUUCGAGCCUGAGUAUUUCUUCUAUGGCGUCGUUUCUGACAAGAUCGGUGAGGCCGCUGCAUGCUGGCUUGCACGCUGGGGAAUCGAUAUGUUGCGAUACGAGCUGCAGUUGGCUGGAAGAGAUGUGGCGGACGUUACUACAUCAAGCCAGUCCGCGGGGAAUAGGAGACGGGCAUCGACCGUUCCCGGCGGAUCCGGUAGCAGCAUGCCCUUUGUCAGAACGGACAGCAUGAAGAAGCAGAACAUUCCUGUGAUCUGGCGAAGAGGCGGAUUAACGGCUCGAUGGAUACGAGGUCUUCUCUCGUCGGAUAUGUUCUUCAUACUGGGCGAAAAGGAGCGGUACGAUGCUGCACGUCGCGCGGUGGAACUCCGACGCGCCGAGGGCAUACUGGAGGAGGAGGAGCAGGAAUACGCAUAUCUCUUUGCUAAAGGUAUAUACUAUACUAACAUGGGUUUGGACGAGCUGAUGUCCAUUUCGAAGGACGCGUCGCCGACUACCGGGAAGCCUUAUGUUCCACUGGCGGUGUUACAAUCUGCUCAUUGGGAUCAGUCUGUCCUACGUCACACCAUCACCAGCCGCAGUGGCUCCGCGUCCUCCCCGCCUUCUUCGCCUGAACCUUCACCCCAUGGCAAGGAGCUAGGCGUGACAGUGGCUCACAUAGAGCUGGUGUCAGCUCUUGACAAACCAUCGAUCAAGUCCCUACAUGCCACCAUACAGCCUGAUGCUCCCUACUAUCCCGUUCCAUCUGACUCUUCUCAGCGUAUCGGUGACAACACGGGUAUCGAAGGUGCCUCGUUGGACCAUAUCUUCGAGGGCGGGUCGUCACCUGCGAAGGCGUCAGACGGUGCAACCAUACCAUGUUCUGAAGCUAACUUUUUCGGCACUGCGCAAAACGCCCGCACCGCGUCGCAGUGUGUUGAGAAUAAGUCGGACAAAAUCAACUGGUCGCCAUACCCGCCUUUCAGAUUCAGCGUCGAAUUCUGGGAUGUUGAAGCGCUGAAAGAGAAGAGCCGUCUACACUCUCGGACUGUCUGGUACGCUGGCAGUUUGUGGAAUGUCUAUGUUCAGAUUGUGCGUAAGAAAGGUAUACAGCUUGGCGUAUACCUACACCGGCAAUCUUGUGUUGAUCCCAUCCCACCUUCCUCUGCGCCCGCCAGUCUCUCGUGCGGUAGCAACUUCUCGACGCCAGCCAACACCAUUCGACGAGAGGCAAGCCAUUUCACCGGUGCCCCUCUUCAACAAACUCUUUCAUCGUUGUCCGUGCAAUACCCAACUCCUAGCACGAGUCGCUCGGCCACACCUCAUACUGCGCCAUCAACGCCCGCAAUGUCAUCUUCGCUUCCUAGCUCUUACUCCUCGGGCCUCCCUUCUUCUACAAGCGCCACCAGUACCACUACUCCCGCCACUGCUCCGCCGAUCUCUCCUACUCAGCCAUACCGUGAUCCGCGUGCCGCUGUCAGUGCCUACUUUACCAUCGCUUGCGCAGGCUCGACGGGCUCUAGCCUUACGCGCUUCAGCAGCGCCCCAGACGUCUUUUCCGUGAGCCAAAGCUGGGGUUGGAAGUCAAGCUCGUUGCGAACAGCAGAGAAUUUGGAAUUGGACGGAGACGGUGUACCUCGCGACACGGCCGCUGCAGACAAAGAAGUCAGCCUACGGGCGACUGUGGUGCUCGGCGUUGUCUAGCAUGAUCUGAACAUACUUCGGAUGAAGCGUGCUUUGUCGUCGUCAGAUCUCUCAUAGGCUUCUGGAUCUUCCUGGUUAGAUAUAUUUUACCUAAUGUAUGUAGCGUAGUUCUGUCGUCGGAUACGGUCGAAGUUUCGCCUUCUGUAUCGUCCAUGUAAUCCUGUAUAGCUGGUAAUACACGUCCACUUGUGCAUACAGCCU